AGCGGGCGCCAACCAUUUUUUUUAGAACAGAACAAAAACAAGAGAAAUUAGAGGCAUAAAGAGCGUUCUCCGUCUGCUUUUCACGGGCAGUUCAAAAACAACGACGGAACAGUGAACCCACAACAACCGACGCGUCAUUUCCCCACAAUUUAUUCAAGUGAUAUUUAAUUUGUAUUUUUGCUGUGUCAGCGUUGGGAAUUUGAAGGAGAAAAAAGAUGAAACUACUGCUCCUGGUGGCCACUGCGGUCUCCGUGGUGGCCCUGGCCUCCAGUGAGCCAUCGUUGCUCUCGGAUGAGUUCAUCGAGGUGGUGCGCAGCAAGGCAAAAACCUGGCAGGUGGGCCGUAAUUUCGAUGAAUCCGUGACGGAGGAGCACAUCCGUCGCCUGAUGGGCGUCCAUCCGGAUGCAAAUAAGUUCGCCCUGCCCGAAAAGCAAAAGGUUUUGGGUGAAUUAUAUGCGGGAGCUGCAAGUGAUAUUCCGGAGGAGUUCGAUUCAAGGAAGGCGUGGCCGAAUUGCCCAACCAUUGGUGAGAUUCGCGACCAGGGAUCCUGCGGCUCUUGCUGGGCCUUCGGUGCCGUGGAAGCCAUGUCCGAUCGGGUGUGCAUCCAUUCCGGCGGCAAGUUGAACUUCCACUUCUCGGCCGAUGAUCUGGUAUCCUGCUGCCACACCUGCGGCUUUGGCUGCAACGGUGGCUUCCCCGGAGCCGCCUGGAGCUACUGGACGCGCAAGGGAAUCGUAAGCGGAGGACCCUACGGAUCCAACCAGGGCUGCCGUCCAUACGAGAUUUCGCCCUGUGAGCACCACGUGAAUGGAACCCGUCCACCAUGCGCCCAUGGCGGUGGAACGCCCAAGUGCCAGCACGUCUGCCAGAGCAGCUACACGGUGGAUUAUAAGAAGGACAAGCACUUCGGCACCAAGUCCUACUCGGUGAGCCGCAAUGUGCGUGAAAUCCAGACGGAGAUCAUGACCAAUGGACCGGUUGAGGGGGCGUUCACCGUUUAUGAGGAUCUCAUCCUGUACAAGGACGGCGUGUAUCAGCACGCUCAUGGCAAGGAGCUUGGCGGUCAUGCCAUCCGCAUUUUGGGCUGGGGCGUUUGGGGCGAGGAGAAGAUCCCGUACUGGCUCAUUGGCAACUCGUGGAACGUCGACUGGGGCGAUCAUGGCUUCUUCCGCAUCCUGCGUGGCGAGGAUCACUGCGGCAUCGAGAGCUCCAUUUCGGCGGGUCUGCCCAAAGUCUAGAUUUUAAAGUGUCCGUCUAUAUGCUGAUAUCAACCCUGUAUUUUCCAUUGCCCCCCUUUUUAUUUCCAUUCAAGCUCGCAAAUGACGUUUGUAGUUAAUGUAAACAACUAAACCUGAUUGAUAAUAAAGUAUUGUAUAUGACUAUGGAA